AUGGUAACGAGUCUGUUGUUUUUGCAUAAUGAUGAGCAUUUCUCGUUCUCUCAUGAUACGGGGGAUUCAUCUUCUACAACAAAACCAAAUGUUACAGUAAAUUGUUCCAGUCCACUCAUCGUUAAGGAAGGUGAUGAUGUCGUAUGUGAAUGUAAAUGUGAAGGUGGCAAUCCUCCAGCAGAGUGUACUUGGUAUAAAAAUGGCACCCAGAUUAGUGAAAUAGGUAAAGAUGUAAACACAUUAAUCUUUCGUAAUUUUAACGGGCGAGAUAGUGGAAGAUACACUUGUGUCGGCCAAAGUCACGUUAAAGCACGGGAUGAAGAGUCCAUCAGAAUAACAGACAUUUUUAAACCUGUGAAUACAGUCAUCAGGUUUUCUCAAAAAUCAGUUGAAAUUGGUAAAUCAGUAACCAUAACGUGUGCGUCAGAAGGGUUUCCUGAACCACGUUUUACCAUAUUUCAUAAUGAUACCAAAGUUGUCAGUAACGACAGGACAUAUACCAUAUGUAAGGUGAAGUGGGAUGAUGCUGGAACGUACAAAUGUUUUGCAAAAAAUGAAUUGGGAAAUGAUGCUGCCUUUGCUAUUUUUGCUGUUGAAGACAUAUUAUUCCUGUUAGGACCAGCUUAUGCGACUUAA